AUGUUGCCUGUCCAAACAUUAAAUCGUAAUGGACAUCCUCUUUCUCGAAAAGAGAACAGCCGCCGCCUCAUAGUAGUGCUUGAACAGGCUACCCUCGAAGCUUUCAAAGUUGGAAAAGACAAAGACGCUCGCUUCCAGCUUUUGAAUGCUGAUGAUCACGUUAACAUUUUGAAGAAGAAUGGCCGUGAAACGUACGAGGCUCGACCUGAUAUUACUCACCAGUGCUUGUUGACCCUUCUCGACAGUCCGUUGAACAAGGCAGGCCUGUUGCAGGUUUAUAUCCAUACGCAGAAGAAGGUUCUUAUUGAAGUCAACCCGCAUAUCAGAAUACCCAGAACAUUCAAGCGUUUUUCUGGACUGAUGGUUCAAUUGCUGCACAAGUUGAGCAUUCGAAGUGUCAAUGGCACUGAAAAGCUUUUGCGUGUGAUCAAGAACCCAAUUACCGAUCAUUUGCCUACAAACGCUCAUAAGAUCUCACUUUCAUGGGAUGCACCCACAGUUCGACUUUCAGAAUACCUUCCAAAAAUCCCAGAAGAUCAAAGCAUUGUUGUGGCAGUAGGUGCUAUGGCUCACGGCACAGAUGAUUUUGCCGACAGCUAUGUAGACGAGAAGAUUGGUGUUUCUGAAUACUCAUUGUCGGCUUCGGUUGCAUGUGGUAAAAUAGCUUGCGCUGUUGAGGAUCUGUGGGGAAUCUUGUAA